AGCGGUUCAAUCAAUUAAAACUAAUCGAAAUAAAUGGUAAUUUAAAUUACAAACAAAAUGCUGACAAUUUUAAAACCAUUAAUGCAAGUUACACUGCGACGUUUAGAAAAAGUAAAUUUUUAUAAACUGCGGAAAAAAUCUUUAAUAUAUAAUUAUUCUAACAAGAGAUUUUUUGCGAAUGCUGCUGCAGCUAAAACCUAUUUGGACAUUAACGGUUUCGCUUAUAGCGUUGAUAGCUGGACUAAUGUAACACCGAAGAUUUUAUCAUAUUUGGGUUUAAAUAAACACCUACAAAAAAAUCAUCCUUUAUCCAUCAUCAAGAAACGUAUAGUAAAUUAUUUUUACAAAGCAUACAAAACUUCUCGGGGUAAUCCGUUAUUCUCGGUAUAUGACAAGCUUAAUCCAGUAGUUACUAUACAACAAAACUUUGAUAAUUUGUUGAUACCGGUCGAUCAUGUAAGUCGCAGCAAAGCAGAUUGUUAUUAUGUGAAUCAACGUUAUCUUCUAAGAGCCCACACCACCGCACAUCAAGUAGAUUUAAUAUCGAGUGGAUUGGAUAACUUUUUGGUGGUAGGUGAAGUGUACAGACGAGAUGAAAUUGAUAGUACUCAUUAUCCAGUCUUUCAUCAAUUAGAUGCAGUACGUUUGGUAACUAAAGAUAAACUUUUCGAACGUAAUCCAGGACUAGAAAUCUUCGAAAGAGACUGGUCGCCAAAUUUGUACAAUACUAAUCAAAAUCAAAUUUUAAGUUUAUCCAAAUGUAUGGAUCAAACGAAACAAUCCUGCCAUACUUUAGAGGCAAUUAAAUUGAUCGAACAUGAGUUAAAAGGGGUGCUGGCUGGUUUGGCAAAAGAUUUAUUUGGUGCGAAUAUUAAACACCGUUGGGUGGACACUUAUUUUCCGUUUACACAACCCUCUUGGGAAUUGGAAAUUUUCUAUAAAGGGCAAUGGCUUGAAGUUUUAGGUUGUGGUAUUAUGAGGCAUGAAAUUUUGCAACAAUCGGGAGCACAUAAUUCAAUAGGUUAUGCUUUUGGUUUGGGUUUAGAGCGUUUGGCCAUGAUAUUCUUCGAUAUUCCCGACAUUCGCUUAUUUUGGUCCACAGAUACGGGGUUUCUAACGCAGUUUAAUGAAAGUGAUUUAUACAAUUUAAAGAAAUAUAAAGCGGUAUCUCAAUAUCCUCAAUGCAUAAACGAUCUGUCAUUUUGGUUGCCACCUGGUGUUCAGGUUAACGAGGGUUUUGCACCAAAUGAUUUUUAUGAUAUAGUGCGAAAUGUUGCGGGCGAUGUGGUAGAACAGAUCAGUUUAGUUGACCAGUUUAAUCAUCCAAAAAAAAAUCGUACAAGCGUUUGUUUUCGCAUCAUCUACCGUCAUAUGGAACGGACUCUUACACAAAAAGAAGUAAAUGACGUACACAAACUUAUUGUCGAAGCAUGCGUGGCAACAUUUAAUGUAGAUAUACGUUAAGUAUGUUAGCUUUUGUCAAUAUUAUUGCCAUUGCAAGAAAAAAUCUUAAAGUGUAAUUCU